UGGACAUGGCUCCGAACACGUAGCCUCGGCAAUCCAACACCCAAGGCUUCUGGCAAUUGCUUGCUUGCUUCUUCUUCUUCUUCUCCUCACUCUUCGUCUUCAACUCCGACUCCAACUCCAAUUCCCUUCUGGAGGAGAAUAAAUAUCAGCUCCCGACUUCGGCUUCUUCCUGUUCAUUCCCCCACUUCUUCUUCUUCUUCCUCCUCCCUUUUGUGCUACAACAAUGGCGAUUGUUACAAACCCAUUGCUAUCCUCCACCUUCUAUGGCGACAGGACAGUUUUCCUCUCCCCUCCGACCCCUAAAACCACCAGAUCUCCCUUCGCAAGAAGGAGGCCUCAGCCCACCCAAUCCAUCUUCAAGAAGAACCCCGACUCGUCCGAGAAGAGCUUGAGGGCCAUUUCUUCUCAUGCCGCUCUCUCCGCUCUUCUCCUCGGUUCCAUGGCCCCGCAAGCAAUGGCGAUGGAUGGCACACCGACGCAGUCCACUCCUCCGCCGGUGAUUGAGGCCCAGCCCGUGAAGCCGAGCCCAUCUAACGGGUCGCCGUUUGGCCAGAACCUCCUCCUCACCGCCCCGAAACCGCAGUCCCAGGCCGCCUCUGACCUCCCCGAGGGCUCCAAUUGGCGGUACAGCGAGUUCCUGAACGCCGUCAAGAAGGGCAAGGUCGAGCGUGUUCGGUUCAGCAAGGACGGCUCCGCCCUCCAGCUCACUGCCGUCGACGGCCGCAGAGCGACCGUUAUAGUCCCGAACGACCCGGACCUUAUCGAUAUCUUAGCCAUGAAUGGUGUCGAUAUUUCUGUCUCCGAGGGAGAGUCGGGAAAUGGUCUGUUCAACUUCAUUGGGAACCUGCUGUUCCCGUUCCUGGCUUUUGCCGGGCUGUUCCUCCUCUUCCGCCGGGCUCAGGGCGGCCCUGGAGGUCCAGGCGGUCUCGGUGGCCCUAUGGACUUCGGGCGGUCCAAGUCCAAGUUCCAGGAGGUGCCCGAGACCGGCGUCACAUUCGCUGAUGUUGCAGGUGCCGAUCAGGCCAAGUUGGAACUCCAAGAGGUUGUUGAUUUCUUGAAGAACCCUGACAAGUACACGGCUUUGGGAGCAAAGAUCCCGAAAGGAUGCCUUUUGGUUGGCCCACCCGGAACCGGGAAGACCCUUCUAGCCCGGGCAGUUGCCGGCGAAGCUGGGGUUCCAUUCUUCUCUUGUGCAGCCUCGGAGUUCGUAGAGUUGUUCGUGGGAGUUGGAGCUUCGAGGGUCAGGGAUUUGUUUGAGAAGGCCAAGUCGAAGGCUCCGUGCAUUGUUUUCAUUGAUGAGAUUGAUGCUGUGGGAAGGCAGAGAGGGGCGGGUCUCGGAGGCGGGAAUGAUGAGAGGGAGCAGACCAUUAAUCAGCUCCUUACUGAGAUGGAUGGGUUCUCUGGGAAUUCGGGGGUCAUUGUUUUGGCUGCUACCAACAGGCCUGAUGUUCUCGACUCAGCUCUGUUGAGACCUGGGAGAUUCGAUCGGCAGGUCACUGUGGACCGACCAGAUGUUGCUGGCAGAGUUAAAAUUCUUCAGGUACAUUCGAGAGGAAAGGCUCUGGCAAAGGACGUUGACUUUGAAAAGAUUGCGAGGAGGACCCCGGGAUUUACCGGAGCCGACUUGCAGAAUCUGAUGAACGAGGCUGCCAUUCUCGCAGCCCGCCGUGACCUCAAGGAGAUCAGCAAGGAUGAGAUCUCUGAUGCUCUUGAGAGGAUCAUAGCAGGGCCCGAGAAGAAGAAUGCCGUCGUCUCCGAAGAGAAGAAGAGACUAGUUGCCUAUCAUGAGGCUGGCCAUGCUCUAGUUGGUGCAUUGAUGCCGGAAUACGACCCUGUUGCGAAAAUAUCGAUUAUUCCACGUGGGCAAGCUGGGGGCCUUACCUUCUUCGCCCCGAGUGAAGAAAGGCUGGAGUCAGGACUAUACAGCAGGAGCUACCUUGAGAAUCAGAUGGCUGUUGCUCUUGGUGGAAGAGUAGCUGAGGAAGUCAUUUUUGGAGCUGACAAUGUAACAACUGGAGCAUCUAACGACUUCAUGCAAGUGUCCCGUGUGGCGAGGCAGAUGGUUGAAAGGUUUGGGUUCAGCAAGAAGAUUGGGCAAGUAGCGAUCGGUGGACCUGGUGGAAACCCCUUCUUGGGUCAGCAGAUGUCAUCCCAGAAGGACUACUCAAUGGCAACGGCAGAUGUGGUGGAUGCGGAGGUGAGGGAGCUCGUGGACAAGGCCUACGCGAGGGCAAAGGAGAUAAUCACCACCCACAUUGAUAUCCUCCACAAGCUUGCCCAGCUUCUCAUUGAGAAGGAGACCGUUGAUGGUGAGGAGUUCAUGAGCCUCUUCAUUGAUGGCAAAGCCGAGCUCUAUGUGGCCUAAGUCGUCUCUUCCAGAAUGCUACAACUUGCACCCAGAUAAGAGUGGUGAUGAUCGGAUUUGGUUUCUGCUAGCAGAAGCAUUAUAGUAAAGAAAGAGUUUGUAAAAGCUACACAUUCUUAUGCUCUGUUGUAUAUUUUAGGAUCAGGUGAGAUUUUCUUGAUCGGUACAUAAAAGGUCCGAAAAUGUGUCUAGUAAGAGUUGAUGUGUUUUUAUUGUUGAUGCUAGAAAGGUACAGAUUCCGACCA